AUGUGGAGUCUUAAGUUGACUCAAUUGCUUCCCGGUCUGCCUGAAGAACUCGGGCUCGAAUGCUUAACUAGGUUGCCUUACUCAGCGCACCCAGUUGCUUCCCAGGUCUGUCGUCCAUGGCGGACGCUAUUAGAAAGUCAACAAUUUUAUCAUCACAGGAAGAAAAAUGGCCACACCCAUAAAGUCGCAUGCUUGGUUCAAGCUCUUCCUCAUGAGCCCGUCGUAUCAGAAUCAGACGGACCCAAAUCCAACGACUCUCCCAGUUACGGGAUCGCCGUGUUUGACCCGGUGAGUUGCUCUUGGCAGAGGGUCGACCCGGUGCCCAAGUACCCAAAUGGGUUGCCUUUGUUUUGUCAACUGGCGAGCUGCGAAGGGAAGCUUGUGGCGAUGGGCGGAUGGGACCCGGCGAGCUACGACCCGGUCACCGACGUGUUUGUGUACGAUUUCACAAAUUCUCAAUGGAGAAAGGGCAACGACAUGCCGUCCAAGCGUUCCUUCUUUGCAAUCGGGUCUUACUCGGGUCGGGUCUACGUGGCGGGUGGGCACGACGAGAACAAGAACGCGUUGAAAUCAGCGUGGGUUUAUGAUUUGAGACUGGACGAGUGGACUGAGUUGACUCAGAUGAGUCAGGAGCGAGACGAGUGUCAGGGGGUGGUGAUUGGGGACGAGUUUUGGGUGGUGAGCGGGUACGGCACGGAGAGCCAAGGGGUGUUUGAGGGAGGCGCUGAGGCGUUGGAUUUCGGGUCGGGUCGGUGGAGGCGGGUGGACGGAGCGUGGGAGGUGGGCCAGUGCCCAAGGCAAUGCGUUGGGGUUGGGAGAGAUGGAAAAUUGACGAGUUGGACUGAGUUGGACUCGGCGGUCCGAGUUGGAACGUGCGGAGUGACGGUGGGGGGUGGGACCCUGGUGAUGGGGUCGGAGUACCAAGGGGCGAAGCAAGGGUUCUAUAUGGUGGAGGAAAUGAAGGGAGGGCAAAAUGGUAAAUUGGAGAGGAUUAGUGUACCUGAUGAGUUUUCUGGGUUUGUUCAAUCGGGUUGCUGCGUUGAGAUUUGA